AUGGGCUAUGACCAUGCCAUGUUUGGUUUCUCUCCUUACGGGCCAUACUGGCGUGAUGUAAGGAAGUUGGCCUCGGUUGAGCUCCUCUCAAACCUCCAGCUUGAGUUACUCAACCAUGUCCGGGACUCAGAAGUUAAGCUUUUCAUCAAAGAGCUCUAUGGGCAAUGGAUACAAAAUGGGGACAGGCCUCUUUUGGUCGAGAUGAAGGAGAAGUGUUGGCACAUGGCAACAAAUGUAAUGGUGAGCGUAGUAGCUGGGAAACAGCAUUUUGGCACCAUUACAAACGACUAUGAAUCAAGACAGUGCCGGAAGGCCCUUGGCGAUUUGUUAUAUCUUUCGGGGAUAUUUAUGGUUUUUGAUGCAAAUCCCCUUCCUUGGCUGGUCAGACACUGUGAGAGGAUAUACGACAAAAAUGAAGAGAACAACUAG